AUGGAGGUGGCAUCCGAGAAAGACCCAGACCAUCCGAAACAGUCUGGUCAGUUUGAGAUCAGAGAAUACCUGUUCAGUGAACCACGUGGGCGAAACUUGAAAGGCAAUGAGGAUUUUAUUCGCGCAGACUCCGAGGUCGUUGAAUCCAUGGUUGUUACCAAUCAUCCCGAAUAUUCCCCGUUCGGAUCACCAGUAUCGAUUUCGGUUGCUUUGCCAUGA